GGUCCUGUAUUGAUAGGAAGUGCACAAGGUGGUGUUAACAUUGAAGAUGUUGCUGCCGAGAAUCCUGAAGCCAUCUUAAAAGAACCUGUUGAUAUAAUAAAAGGCAUCAGAAAGGAACAAGCUGUGGCACUUGCACAGAGAAUGGGAUUCCCAGCUAACGUUGUGGAUUCUGCAGCAGAAAACAUGGUCAAGCUUUAUAAUCUUUUUCUGAAGUACGACGCAACUAUGGUAGAAAUAAACCCAAUGGUAGAAGAUUCCGAUGGAGUGGUGUUAUGUAUGGAUGCAAAGAUCAACUUCGAUUCAAAUUCAGCCUAUCGCCAAAAGAAGAUCUUUGAUCUUCAGGACUGGAGCCAGGAAGACCAAAGGGACAAAGAUGCAGCUGAUGCAGAUAUUAACUACAUUGGCCUCGAUGGGAACAUAGGUUGUCUAGUAAAUGGUGCUGGGUUGGCUAUGGCCACAAUGGAUAUAAUAAAACUACAUGGAGGGACUCCAGCCAACUUUCUUGAUGUUGGUGGAGGUGCCACAGUCCAGCAAGUAACAGAAGCAUUUAAGCUUAUCACUUCAGAUAAAAAGGUACAGUCUAUUCUGGUCAACAUUUUUGGAGGAAUAAUGAGAUGUGAUAUUAUUGCAAAAGGAAUAGUUAUGGCAGUAAAAGACUUAGAAAUAAGAAUACCUGUUGUGGUACGGUUACAAGGUACACGAGUUGAUGAUGCUAAGGCACUAAUAGCAGACAGUGGACUUAAAAUUCUCGCUUGUGAUGAUUUGGAUGAAGCUGCUAAAAUGGUUGUAAAGCUCUCUGAAAUAGUGACCUUAGCUAAAGAAGCCCACGUGGAUGUGAAGUUCCAGUUGCCGAUCUGAGCAAGAACUUGGUGGCUGCCUGACAUAUUAAUGUGCUGUAAUUCUUUAUUAUACUGUGGUCUCUGCUAUUGUCCCUUUCCUUUUCAGUGUGUGGAGAAUGUAAUCGCCCAUAGCACCUCACAAACCCUUGAAAGCAUUUGGUCUGUGUUUGAUUCUUCUGCUCAGAAUGGACUGUUUGUAUAAAGAAUGUAUGUAUGGUGCACAUUGCUGGUUUCUUUUGUUGCAGCCAUCUUUUUCUUCCUCUAUAGAAAGUCACUUGCAGUAUAUCUCUUUUCUGUUGUUGGAUACAGAGUUCUUCAUUGCUAAGAGUUCUAUAAAUAAAAUAACUACAAAGAUAAAGCUUUAUUCUUUAGUAUGAAAAUAUAUCUAAUAACUGCCUCAUUAGAACAGUGGUGUGUUAAAACAAUGUUUAUAUAAGAAAUAUUUAUCUUCAGCGUCAAAUGGAUCUUAAAUGUAUCAAUCAUUAUUUAUACAUAGAACUUUCAAGCACUCCUCAGAAUAUCUUCUAAGUAUUUCAGAGAAGUAACUUGUUGAUUAUUUGAACAUCAUUUUAAUCAUUAUAGGACAAUGAUAACCACAAGUCUUCAUGAUUCUGUGGUGGUGAAAACAUCUGCAGGUUGAUAUCUCAGACAUUUAUUAAGAACAUGGUGGGCAAAAUUAAGAUUGCCAAUUUAAGUUAAUAAAAGGUUCCCAAUGUAAA